AUGCAUGUCAACGCGCUAAGGAUUGCAAUCGAUAAGAGGGUGGGAAAUUUGGUCGAGUCCCGCUGUGCGUCUUGGGCAAUCGCAUUACAAAGCCAUCCCAAGUUUGAGUAUUCAAAGAUGGCAAAGCGUGCAGCAGAAGACGAUGAACAGACCUCUCCGCAGGCCUUGAAGGCGGGAGAGAGGCCUGUGAACGAUGGUGGCUUGGCGGACGGCGAGCAGUUUGAGGAUGAGUUCGAAGACGAGUAUGAGAGUGAAGAUGACGUUCUCGAGGCGGGAGUCGACGGUAGACCGGAUGAGGAGCGAGAGGCAGAGGAGAGGGCAGCGGGUGCGAUGGAGGUCGAUCGAGAGACAUUCAUACCAGGAAGACAUAAACUGGACGCUGGACAGACGUUGGCACCCGAUUUAUCGACAUACGAAAUGCUGCAUACGCUUGAGACACCGUGGCCUUGUCUAUCAUUCGACAUCAUCAGGGACCAACUAGGAGACAACCGCAAAUCCUACCCGGCAACCGUCUAUGCUGUGGGAGGCACGCAAGCAGCUCGAGGUCGCGAACGAGAGAACCAACUUAUGGUUAUGAAACUCUCCGGCCUAUCCCGCAACGAACAAGCCGGCAACAUCGACUCCGACGACGAGGACGAUGAUGACGACGAAGCAACGACCGAUCCAAUCCUCGAAAUGAAAAGCAUACCCUUAAUCAGCACCACCAACCGCAUCCGCGCCCACCAAUCGCCCCAAACCAACUCCGCCACCUUGCCAACAACAAUCACAGCCUCAAUGCAAGAAUCAGGCGACAUCCUCCUGCACGACAUAACCCCCCACCUCACCUCCUUCGACACCCCGGGCUACCAACUUCCCCCUAACUCCAACAAACCCCUCUCCACCAUCCGCGCCCACAAAAAAUCCGAAGGCUAUGCUCUAGACUGGUCCCCCUUAAUUCCAGCCGGCAAACUCAUAACCGGCGACACCACCGGCAAAAUCUUCGCCACCACCCGGACCGAAGGCGGCGGCUUCGUAACAGACACCACACCUUACACAGGCCACACAAGCAGUAUAGAAGAAGUGCAAUGGUCGCCCAACGAACGCAACGUCUUCUCCUCUUGCUCCGCAGACGGCACGGUCAAAAUCUGGGACGCCCGAGCCAAGACCCGUUCCGCACCCGCCAUAUCCGUGAAAGUGAGUGAAAGCGACGCGAACGUCUUGUCCUGGUCGAAACAAACCCCGCAUCUCCUCGCCUCCGGUCACGAAGACGGGACUUGGUCAGUCUGGGACUUACGGAGUUGGAAAUCGCAGGAAAGUGCUAAGACGAGCAAACCCGUUGCGCACUUUAAUUUCCAUAAAGAGCAAAUCACGGGUCUGGAAUGGCAUCCCGCGGACGAUAGUAUCAUUUCCGUCUGCUCGGGGGAUAAUACGCUCACGCUUUGGGAUUUGGCUGUGGAGUUGGAUGAUGAGGAGUCGAGGUAUACGGCGGAUGUGAAGGACGUGCCCCCGCAAUUGCUGUUUGUACAUUUUAUGGAGGGGGUGAAAGAAUCGCAUUGGCAUCCGCAGAUCCCGGGUGUUAGUGUCGCGACGGGGAUGGGUGGAUUUGGGGUUUUUAGAACGAUUAGUGUCUAG